UGCAGUCCCUCUGUCCGCGGAAGGAGGCUUUUGGUGGUGCUGUGUGAUUCCUACCAGCUGUUUCCCGCCUUGAAAGACAUCCGAUCAGCUGCAACUACACACAUACACGUACAUGCAGAAGGAAAAGAGAGAGAUUGAGAGCGCCACACAACGAGGGAACCCUAUCAGCUGGAAGUGGAGUAACGUUUAGAACUCCGACUGCUCUGCUACUACAUAAGGAAUUUUCCGAAUUAUGAAAUUAUUCUAGAUUUAUGAGCAAGGGAAUUUGCACCUGAAACUGGAACAUAUUUUGUGCGUUAAUUCAUUUGAACCGGGGGACACACAACUGGAGAGGAAAGCAUGGAGUAUUUCAUGGUACCAGCACAGAAGGUGCCUUCCUUGCAACAUUUUAGGAAAACGGAGAAGGAAGUGAUUGGGGGUCUUUGUAGCCUGGCGAACAUUCCUCUGACCCCCGAGACGGCGCGCGACCAGGAGCGGCGGAUCCGCCGGGAGAUCGCCAACAGCAACGAGCGGCGGCGCAUGCAGAGCAUCAACUCCGGCUUCCAAUCGCUCAAGACGCUCAUUCCCCACAGCGAGGGAGAGAAACUCAGCAAGGUGGGUCCGAGGGAGGAAAGGAAGGGAGAGAAACUCAGCAAGGCAGCCAUCUUGCAGCAGACAGCAGAGUACAUCUUCGCUCUGGAGCAGGAGAAGACACGGCUACUGCAACAGAACAGCCAGCUCAAACGCUUCAUUCAGGAGUUCAGCGGCUCCUCCCCAAAGAGGAGGCGCGGGGCGGAGGAGAAGGAUGAGGGGAUCGGUUCCCCAGACAUUUUGGAGGAGGACAAGACGGAUGACCUGCGGAGGGAGAUGGUGGAGCUGAGACAGCAGCUGGACAAGGAGCGCUCUGUCCGCAUGAUGCUGGAGGAGCAUUUGAGACAGGAGGAGGUCUGCUGUGUUGUGGUUGGUGGUACUCAGCCUGAACAUGUGUUAGGAACUCACUCCGAGCAGCAGGAGAGAGCCAGCACCCCAGCCCACAGCCCACAGGUGCUGGCCCCCAGGUCGUCCCCCGCCCCCACCCACCACCCCACGGUCAUCGUCCCAGCCCCCGCACCAGCCCCACCUCCCCAUCACGUCACCGUGGUAACCAUGGGCCCGGCCUCUGUCAUCAACGCAGCCUCCACGUCUCGCCAGAACCUGGACACCAUUGUGCAGGCCAUCCAGCACAUUGAGAGCAUCCAGGAGAGGGUGGGGGAGGAGGAACAGCGCCGGGCGGUGAUCGUCACCCAGGGACGCGCCCUCACAGACACAGCGGGGUCCGACACGGCGUCCGACAGCGAGUGGCCAGAGGACUGCUCACUGCCCUGAGGCCUCCCAUCAAACACAGGGGCCACGAGAGGGGGCCCUGUACAACACCCACAAUACUCUGAUUAUAUGGCCAUUUAUUAGGUUGGAUAGACGGAUCAGACUCACACACACACUGAACUAGGAUAGUCUACUGUAACUGGAUAAUUACACAAACACACUUCUUUCUGUCUCCCUUUUCUGCUUUCUUGCUUUUUCUCAAACCGGACAAAAAACAUCAGUAGAAAGGUGAUGGGUUGACCUGACAGUUCCACAUAGCUCAAGCAGCCAGCAGCCUUCCCAUUGGUCACGAAGCACCCAUCCAACCCACUCCCUCUCUGGGUCUAGCUCCUCCAGAGGGCUGCCUGAGGAUGGAAGUGUCACACCCAUCCAACCCACUCCCUCUCUGGGUCUAGCUCCUCCAGAGGGCUGCCUGAGGAUGGAAGUGUCACACCCAUCCAACCCACUCCCUCUCUGGGUCUUGCUCCUCCAGAGGGCUGCCUGAGGAUGGAAGUGUCACACCCAUCCAACCCACUCCCUCUCUGGGUCUAGCUCCUCCAGAGGGCUGCCUGAGGAUGGAAGUGUCACACCCAGGUCCAGCCUGGUCCCUUGGCUCAGUUGUCCAAUGGAGACUCUUUCUCACCUUCUCCAAAACCAAAUAAGCAACUUCUGCCCAGCGAGCAGGAGAGCGCGCCUAGACAGGACAGGUGUACCCCAACCAGCACACAGCCGUCCCAGGUGACCCCACAUACUAGAGAUCAUUUCUACAAGAAAUCCUCUACUUCCUGUAUCUCUUCACCAUAUUUCUACCCAGGGGAAUCUCCCCUGAGUGAUGAGACACUGUGAGCAUUCAAAGACACAUUCUGAAUCAGUUCCAACACACCUUUUGGCUCCUUAGGAAGAGAAAAUGUUGUUGUUUUUCUGUUGUACUUUACAAAGUAUUUGUAAGAGUUUGCGUUACAGGUUUUCUUUUUGAUCUUGUGUUCUGCUCAGUGGCUCUGGUCGAUAAAUCACAGGGAUUGAAAUGAAACGUGACAACACAGAAAAGGCCCAUAUUGACGCAGCUAGAGGUCUGUUCAUUUCAGUGGUGCUGUUAGGAGACAAAGCUAAGCUUACUAUGGAAAGAGGAGGAGUGCACUUCCGGUUCCCUCUUUCUCUUUUUGUGCCAUCACACUUUUUACUGGGCUGGGUUCCCAGUAGACAUUUAUAUAGGCGACACUCUCCUCUAAUUAGUAGUACAGAUGAAAACCUGUAACACCGAUUCACCCUUUCGUCUGUUGCUUCUGACAUUUUGGCAUCUGGCUUGUUGAAUAAGCUCAUCGAUGGGUACGUCUUGAGUUUUAAAACCCUUUGUGUGUUUUUGCUGUUGGACACAGGGUAGGCUGGUGUAUCUAGCUCCGCGCUGUAAUUAGGUGGGUUGUGUCCGGGGUUAGGAAAGCCCUGUAUUUGGGACAGGCCUCUGUUUGAUAUCGUAGGAGAACACACACACCCCCCUGUGCAAUUAAUGGUCCCAGAUCUGAUAACGCUCCUCCCAUUAUUUGUCCUUGCAUUUUGGAAACGUCUCUGAUGUUUGUGAGUUUAGAUCCUUAACUGCCUAUGAUAUUGGGUGACUGUGCAUUUGACUCUGUUUCCACUAAUAGGAACACGCGUCCUGGGGGGGGUCAGGUAUCUCUGGCAUCACCAUACUACUCGGCAUCGUGAUACUUGGCGUGGUAUCACGUCAUUAGUUAAGUGUUGAUAUUGUGACAACCCCACUCUGAAAACAGGCACAUUUUCUUGCGGUUUCCACAGAUUUCUAGCGUGUCGCCGUGUAAAACAAGAUGUUUUGGCUCCUUUGUGCCCUGACCAGUUAGCAUCCCUGGCUAUGGUCCGUUUUUAUUAUUGUGCUUUUCAGCGUGUUUCAUUCUCUCUGUAAAGUCUGUCUAUGAUGGUUUUGUUGUGCCCCAGAUAUGACUUGGUUUUACAGGGAUCACAGACACUUUUUCAAAAGCCUGAGUUUUCCCAGGCUGACCUGAUUGAAACCUUGUUGUUUUGGGGGUUCUCCUAUCCCGUGGAGUGAGGGGGGAAUGCAGACACACAUGUACAGUCAUGGUGGGUUCGAGAGACCCAGAUUCUGUGCAGAUUGUCAGAUCCUUCCAAUACUUACAGAAAUGAUUUAGAAUAUGCCCAUCUGGAUUGCACCCAGGAUAACACGCUGCCUGGGGUGUGUGGAGAGAGAGAGGGGCAGCGGUUUGCCAUAACACAGAUUCUAAUGUGCAGGGUAGGCACUGUGAGGCCAGCCUUAACUCAACCCUGGAGUCAGAGCGAGAAAGAGGUAGAGGCCGGCCACACCUAUCUAGAGAAAGCCUGAACACUGUUCAAUAGGAUUGAUACUGUAAACCUUUAUGUCCAGAACCUCCCAAUAUAAAUACACACUUGGUGGCUUAUGCUUUGUUUUAAUGUGCUGCGGUUUCCAAAAGGAGAUGUGGAUGCAAUGUUUUUAGACAUUCCAGAAGAUUCCACCAGUACCUUUAGCAUCUUUAACUGGCACUUUUCAAGAGCAAAACGCAACGGUUAUUUUUGGCCACAAUACGGCCAAUCGCAGAGGAAUCGUUUUUAAUGUAAAAUGAUUUGAUGGUAAAUUGUAUUGAUUUGUUGAUUGUCCCUUAUGUCUUCCCUUUGAGUGUAGAGGGAGUCCUUUUACUGCUGGUCAGAUGAGACACAUCUCCCUCCUAUCCUUCCUUCUUGGUAUUUACAGUGGAUUCACACUGGCCACGUUCAAGGCCACUUCAUUGCAGUCGCAUGCCAGAACCUCACAAUGCCUGGAUAGGUGUUUUUGUAUCAGCUUACCACAAAAUGACACCGCCAACUGAUGCCCGACUGGAAAGUCAGUGAGGUGGCACGCAGCCAUAGGUUGCUGCAUGCAGUGCUACUGUAAUGUAGUCAGCCUGGAACGCGACCACUGUGUUCACCCAGGAAAAAAACCAACUUAGCCAUGUUGAGUUCCAUUAUUUGGAAAUGGUCAGUGAUUGUUGAGGUGUGCCCUCUAUAAACCUUAUAAUCUGGAUCGGUAGGGGCAGUCCUCUGAUCCAGUCCUAUUGAUUGCUGAACAAAAUGUUGUUGUUUUUGUUUGGUUACGCUUUAUGAUAUGUCUGUAGUAGCCCUUUUCAGUACCUGUGUUCAAACAUUUUCUCUGCUGAUGCCAAGCACUGUCUCAUAGAUGUUUUGUGUAUCUUCUAUACGAUAUCUCUGUUAGAUACAUAACAGAUUGCCUGUGAGGUGGGCAGGGGUCAGUGAAUGGGGGGGGGUUACAGUUCUAAAGCACUUACUGUACUAUAUAUGGGAGAAGGUUCCUCUUAUUUUUCAGAAAGGGGGCCUCUCCUCGGCUGAAGCUCUUGAUAGGUUGUGAGACUAAAACCACACAGCUGUGUAUUUCCCCUUUUCCCUGUGUCUGACCCGGUCAUAUACCCUGGGUGUAUUCAUUAGGCACCAAACGGAAGAAAAUUGACUGAAACAGGGAGAUACUACCUGACCUUGCCCAAUAAGAAACAAGUUGUUUUAAUUUUCCAUUGCUACGGUGUGCCCGAGUGAAUACAACCCCUGUCCCAUGUCUGUCUGUCCCUCAUCUCUUUGUCUGUCUGUCGUCAACACAAGACUCUCAUCCUGUCUUCCUUCUCCGUCACUCACGCCCUCCUCUCCUCCCCAGCUCCUCUUUAUCUGUUGUCUUGUGUUUUGUUGGACAGUCAGUCCACACGGUCGUUGAGAAGCUAUUAUAUUUAGAGUUUUUUUUAAGAAGAAACUUGUGGGUGGAUAAAGAAGAGGCUUGUGCCUUUUGUAAAGACAGAAUAAUAAAGUUUGUACUUCAUUUUUUACAA